AUGAUUGUCAGAUGGACUGCUUUUUUAUUUGUUAUACUUUUGAUGAUUGUAAACGUUUCACAAGGACACUUCGGUUGUCCUGAUAGUUUAGUACCUUGUUUAAAUAAAACACAUUGUGUAGAUAUUGAGGAAUUUUGCGUCGAUUAUCAUGAUUGCGUUAAUGAACAUGGUCAAAACGUUUGUCAUUAUUGUCCAAAAGAUGAAACUGAAUCGUUGGCCUGUGUAACGACUCAUGACGAAUCUUAUCCUGUAUUUGAAUGUUUAUCGCCUUCACAAAUAUGUGAUGGUACAAAAGAUUGUGUUAAUAAUGAAGAUGAAAAUUCAUGUGGUACAACAAAAUGCCAGUCGGGAUUUUGGCCAUGUACGACUGGCAGGAAAUGUAUUGAAAAAACUCGCAUAUGUGAUACAGUACAUAAUUGUCCAGAUGGGAGUGAUGAAGGUGCUAUCUGUCAUAAUAAUUUAUGUGCAUCAGAUAAAAUUCAUUGUCCAACUGGUGAAUGUAUUCAUCAGUCAAAAAUGUGUGAUGGCAUUUCACAUUGUUCAGAUGGAUAUGAUGAACAAAACUGUACUCAUUUGACAUCAGCAAUACCAGAUUCAUGUUCGCCAUCAUCAAAUAGCUACACUUGUUUAUCAUUAUCAUCAUCAUCAUCAUCACUUAUACAUCCCACCUGUAUAUCGAAAGAUCGUUUCUGUGAUGGAUAUAAAGAUUGUCCUAUGGGUGACGAUGAGCAUGAAUGUACCGAUAAAUGUCCUUUACAAUCCAUGUGUAAGUCAAAGUCUGACGUGACUUGUAUUCAACAUCGAAUAGUGGAUAGUCUCUGUCGAUGUACGAACAAAGGUCAUCGAUUAGUGACGAAUUCAUCACAAAAUCAAGUACAGUCGUGUCAAGAUUUCGACGAAUGUAGUGAUUCUACGCGUAUGUAUUGCUCAUUCAAUUGUUUAAAUACAGAUGGUGACUUUAACUGCUCAUGUCCAUCGGGUUUCAGUCACGAUGAAAAGAGAAGAACCUGCCGAAAAAUUGAUAGUGAUCAAUCAAAACCUAAUUUAUUAAUAUUAUUUGAUAAAAACAUUAUCCUCUACAGUAUUUUUAAUACUGGUGAUUUUUACGAAUCAAAACUAUUGGAUACAAUUAAUAUUGAGAAAAACCAGCAUUUUGACCGUAUUCAAUACGAUUCAAAGCAACAUUUCAUAAUCCAUUAUGAUCACAUACUAAAAGAUAUUCUAUGUACAUCAAGUAUAACGCUAAAAUCUAUUAUUCUUAUUUCCAAUGUUAGCAUUCAUAGUUUAGCUUAUGAUGAAAAUGGAAAAACUUUAUUUAUUAUUGAAAAUCAAUCACAAACACUCCGUAUGUAUACACCGGUUACAUGUGUUACUCCUUCAACUAUCAAUAUGCAUUCUUGGCAAUUAAAUAAUAUCACAAAUUUAAUACAAUCAAUUGAAAUCGAUAUUUUUAAUAGACAAAUUAUUUUUGCUUCUCAGUAUGAAUUUUUGAUAUCAAAUAUGUCUGAACCUAAUGCAACACAAGUUUUAUAUAGAACUGAUCGUGAAAUACAAAGAUUUAUUUAUGAUGCAUCAUUUAAACGUCUUUUUUGGACAGUAUCAAAUAUGAAAAAUGAUAAACAGUUCUCUGUUUAUACAUGCGAUAGUAAUUUUAAACAAUGUCAUGAUACCUCAAUACGGCUAACGUCUGCAUGGUUAUUCGCAUUUUUCAAUGAUGGUUUACUCUAUUCGAUCACAUCCGAAAAAUCUUUAAGAAUAAUUCAACUCUAUGGAAAUGAUCGUUUUUCUAAUCAUUUGAUAACAUUAACACAAGAACAUAUUCGUUCGUUUUUUCUCAUCAAUAAUCAGCAAACUGAAAUACUAAAUCUCUGUAUGAAGCAGGGAACAACAAAUUGUAAAAAUCAACUUUGUUUACAAAUCAAUGCAACAGAUAUAAGCUGUUUAUCUAUUGAUGAAAGUAUAACAGCAACUGCAGUAAUAACGUCAACAACGAAGUCAACUGUAAAAAAUUCACCACAAACAUUAUUAAACAGUUAUCAGAUUUCUCAGGCAGCAGAGCAACGAAAAAACUAUCGAUAUAGCCCAUCGAAUACUAUGCUCUUUUUAUUUAUAAUCAUCGGUAUUUUCGCAGGCGUGAUGGCAUUUAUUGUUAAACGUUGUCACCAACAUCUGAAUCGAAAACAAUCUUCUAAUCAAAGAAUUCGUAAUGAACGAUCUAUGUCAACAGAAGAGCCAAAUGUGGAUGAAUUUUCUAUGUCAUUUAAUGAACGAGUGAGCGAACAGCGUGCUGAUUGUGUACGUAAUGUUUUAAUCGAUAAAAAUACUGUUCCUCUUAUAGAACGACGAAGAGAUUCUAUGUAG